AUGAAGAUCUGGAGCUCGGAGCACGUCUUCGGACACCCAUGGGAUACAGUGAUCAAAGCUGCUAUGAGGAAGUACCCUAACCCAAUGAAUCCCUGUGUGGUAGGAGUAGAUGUCCUCGACAGAAGUCUGGAUAACCAGGGGAGGUUGCACAGUCACCGCCUUCUCAGCACAGAGUGGGGGUUGCCCAGUAUUGUGAAAGCGAUUUUAGGAACCAGUAGAACUCUGACUUACAUUGAGGAACAUUCUGUGGUAGAUCCAGUGGAAAAAAAGAUGGAGCUUUGCUCAACUAAUAUUACUCUCACAAACCUGGUGUCUGUUGAUGAGAGACUGGUUUACACACCUCAUCCUGAAAACCCUGAAAAAACUGUGCUCACUCAAGAAGCAAUUAUUACUGUUAAGGGCAUUAGUUUGAGCAGUUAUCUGGAAAGCUUAAUGGCAAACACAAUAUCUUCUAAUGCCAGAAAGGGUCGGGAGGCCCUGGAGUGGGUGAUCAGCAAACUAAACACAGAACUGGAGGAGCUGAAGUCAACGCGUGAGGGCAUGAAACCAGGCAUGGCAGCGGCGUCAGCAGAAAAAUAACCCCAAAAACUCCCAGUGACUGAAAGCAGAGUUUGAUUCUGCAGACUACUUUGUGGAUAUCCAUCCCAAGGUGGAUCUGCACGGGUUUUAUGUAUUUAUGAAACUAUUGGAUCAGCGGAAAAAUAACCUCAUCUGUCAUCUCCACAGCAGCUCCUGUUGCCUACUGAAGAUUAACUUGACCUCCUGAGAUGCUAUUUUCAUUUAAACCGUUUAACACUGGAAACCAAACAUUUAGCACAUUUAUUAGUGCCUAAAUGUGCCUUUUCUAGCAAAGAGAGUAUGUUAUGUUUACACCAUCUCAGCUUUUCAUACUCUAGCUUGAAUGCAUGUGUGGUGUUGAGGGUUUUCCAUGUGAACAUUUGUUCUGUGAAGAGCUGAUGGGUACUAGAGCACUGAAUUGUGUCUGGUUUGCCAUCUGAUAGUGUGUUAUGACCGUUUAAAGGGAACUACAUGAGACAGGACAUGAUACUGUAGAAUUACAUCUCUAUCCAGAGGGCAUCAUCCCAAAAAAACUAAAACUUGUGCGGUACUGACUUGUCUUCUGUUGUUUAAACAUGCUGCCUGGACAUGACACACAGGUGGUUUUACCUCUUAAUGUUUGUAUC